AUGCCGUCCAUCAGGCUGAACGUCUAUCGCAUCGGCGGCAAAUUCGCCCCGCCGGCGCUCUGCGGAUGCUGUGCGGUCUACCACACAGGUGUCCAGAUCGGCGCGAGGGAGUACUCUUUCGCCCACGGCGCCGGCGUGGUGGCCGCGGAGUUCGAUCCUUCGCGGGCGGGAUCUGCGCGGCUGUCUGUCUUUGGCGGCGCAGCGGGCGCAGACGAGGAGCUGGAGGACGCGGAGUUUGUCUACUCGUUGAACAUGGGCGAGUGCGCGAUGACGGGCGGGCAGAUCGCCGCGGCCAUCGAGACGCUGAGCCGCGAUUUCGCCGGCGAACACUAUCACCUGCUAGAAAGGAACUGCAACCACUUCAGCGACGCCCUCUGCAGGCGCCUCGUCGGCAGAGGCAUCCCGGCGUACAUCAAUCGCGCCGCGUGGCUCGGGCGCUGGAUCAGCUGUCUCUUUCCACGGGGGGUGUUCGUGGGACCUCUCCCCGAGACGGUGUCCGAGGCCUCGCCCUGUACAGGCCUGUUUGAAGGCGCUGGACAGCGACUUGGCGCAGAUCCUCGCUACGCCUGCGCGCCGCCGCUUCUUGAUGCGCCGCGAUCUCCGAACGAGGCGCAGACGCUGUCGGGAGUUCUGCGUGGAUUCUCGCAGCAGUGGGCGGACGCGGGGCCGGUCUACAGCGUGAAUCAGUACAGCAGCACCACAACUGUCAUUGCUGCCGACGAGGCCUCUGCGCUGGAGCUCUCCCGCGCGCUCCUGGCGGACGCAGCCAAGGCGCGAAUCGAGCGCCAGAAGGGACGGUGA